AACUGUAACAUCACAUUAUUAAUUACAUACCGUUAUUAAACAGAGAAAGGCUAAAGUCUUUAUAAAGGGGAUGGGCGGGGGUCCGAAGUCAUCGUUGGCAUCAAAUAAACUUUUGACAGAAUGCAGCUGUCAGCCAUUAUACUUGCGUGCUUGUUCCUGCUCUCUGAAGCGGUGGCCCCGGCCGAGUUCACUCAGUCGCCGCCCUUUGCCUGUGACUGGUCCAAUCCUGCUACCAGAUCCUACCCAUUCUGCAACGCCAGGCUCAGCGUGUCUCGCAGAGCCCAAGACCUGGUGUCGCGCCUCUCAUUGGACGAGAAGCUAGCUCAACUAGUUAACAACGCACCUCCCAUUCCUCGACUCGGUAUCCCCGCCUACCAAUGGUGGAAUGAAGCUUUGCACGGAGUCUCCUACGUUGGACGAGGCAUCCGAUUCAAUGGCUCCAUUUCUUCUGCCACUAGCUUCCCUCAAGUCAUCCUCUCCGCUGCUACCUUCGACCCCCUCCUCUGGUACAGAAUCGGUCAGGCCGUCGGAGCAGAAGCAAGAGCAAUCUAUAAUGCAGGGCAAGCCACGGGCAUGACAUUUUGGGCUCCAAACAUUAACAUCUUCAGAGAUCCAAGAUGGGGGAGAGGUCAAGAAACAGCCGGCGAAGACCCACAGGUUACUUCCAAGUACGCUGUGUCGUAUGUGAGGGGGUUACAAGGUGAUUCCUUCCAGGGAGGCAAACUCAGCGGCCAUCUUCAAGCUUCGGCUUGUUGCAAGCAUUUCACGGCUUACGAUUUGGACAACUGGAAGGGUGUGAAUCGCUUCGUCUUCGAUGCUCGCGUCACUUUGCAAGAUUUAGCGGACACAUAUCAGCCUCCAUUUCAGAGCUGCGUGGAGCAAGGACGAGCAAGUGGGAUAAUGUGCGCUUAUAACCGAGUGAAUGGGGUUCCAAACUGUGCAGAUUUCAAUCUCCUAACUAAAACCGCCAGAAAACAAUGGGGUUUCCACGGGUACAUCACUUCCGAUUGUGGCGCAGUCUCCCUCCUUCAUAAGGAUCAAGGAUAUGCGAGAUCGGCGGAGGACGCUGUGGCCGAUGUCCUUCGGGCUGGAAUGGACGUAGAGUGCGGUGAUUACUUGACGAAGCAUGCUAAAUCAGCAGUGGUGCAGAAAAAAUUACCAAUAUCUCAAGUAGAUCGUGCACUUCACAACCUGUUUUCAAUUAGAAUACGGCUGGGUCUAUUCGAAGGGAAUCCAGCCAAACUCCCCUUCGGCGCUAUCGGUCCUGAUCAAGUGUGUUCAAAAGAUCACCAGUAUUUAGCUCUUGAAGCAGCCAAAAAUGGCAUUGUCCUUUUGAAGAACUCUGCCAGACUUCUCCCACUCCCCAAAAUAAAACCUCCAAUUUCCCUCGCAAUCAUAGGUCCUAACGGCAAUGCUGGCUCUUUAACGCUCCUUGGAAACUAUGAGGGCCCUCCCUGUAAACUUGUGACGCCAUUGCAGGCCUUUCAGCACUAUGUUAAGAACACCAUUUAUCACCCUGGUUGUGAUGGAGGAGUCAAAUGUUCUUCGGCUCAGAUUGGCGAAGCCGUGGACAUCGCCGCGAAGGCUGAUUACGUGGUGCUGAUGAUGGGGUUGGAUCAAAGUCAAGAGAGAGAAGAUCGUGAUCGGGUUCACCUGGACUUACCUGGCAAGCAGCUGGAACUCAUAGACAGCGUUGCUCAAGCUUCCAAGAGGCCAGUCACCUUGGUGAUCUUUUCUGGAGGCCCUCUUGAUAUUUCUUCGGCCAAGGAUAACAACAAAAUUGGAGGCAUCCUCUGGGCCGGUUAUCCCGGAGAAGCUGGAGGAAUCGCGCUUGCUCAGAUCAUCUUUGGCGAUCACAACCCAGGAGGAAGAUUACCAGUGACUUGGUACCCAAAAGAUUUCAUAAGAGUGCCAAUGACAGACAUGAGGAUGCGAGCUGAUCCAUCUUCUGGGUAUCCCGGAAGGACCUACCGGUUUUACAGGGGCCCAAAGGUGUAUGAGUUCGGCUAUGGCCUCAGCUACUCCAAAUAUUCCCACGAGUUCCUCUCUGUCACGCAGAACAAGCUUAACUUGAAUCAAUCGUCGUCUUACUUGAUAGUUGAGAAUUGGGAAACCAUUCGUAUCAAAUCAGUAUCAGAGAUGGGGGCAAAAUUGUGCCAAAGCAUGUCAGUGUCAGUGAGGGUGGGAGUUAAAAACGAAGGAAGUACGGCGGGGAAGCAUUCGGUCUUGCUAUUUGCGAGGCAUGCGAAACAGAGAAGUGGAAAUCCGAUCAAACAGUUGGUGGGUUUUGAGAGUGUGAUGUUAGAUGCAGGGGAAAGGGCGGAAGUUGGAUUUGAGAUAAGUCCCUGCGAGCACCUUAGCAGAGCAAGCGAGGGUGGCUCCAAAGUAAUUGAAGAAGGCUCCCAUUUGUUGAUUGUUGGGGAUGAACAGUAUCCAAUUGAUAUAAUUUUCUGAUGUUGCGGAUUUGAUUCUUCAAUAAGCCUCAGCUAAUUUAUUAGGGGUCUCAUCAUGAAAUUGAAUCCGUACACUCUAUCGAUGUAUUUUUAAUAUAUAUAUACAUAUAUAUAUGCUCA